GAACCCCAACUCAAAACUACUUGACCAGAUAAAUGAUGGAUCAAAUCCUUCUCCUUUGACUGGGCACACUUUAUUGCAGGGCGUGGAGAGACCUUCAGAUAUGCCUUCAAUAGGACUCAUCAUCCAUUAUCCAGCAUAUCAGACAUCAGCUGGUGCCAUUGGUUAUCCAGAUUCAUCAGCAUGGAUGAACUCUGGAGUAGUUCAGCAGAGGGGCAGUCCUAUGUUGACACAGUUUUUUGGGGGAUCAACUGUUUGUUCCUCGUUUCAAAGUUCUCAAGCACUAGAUACGACACAUUGCACUCAGGCACAGAGUUUUGAGAACAAACAAUAGUCUGCGAUUUGAUACUGUUGAGCCUAGGUGAUUGAAAAUGGCAUGACAGAGUGCAUGGAGCUGGUUGCUGUGCCUCUUUGGGAUUCCCGCAGGCUUAUUCUCACCAAGGACAUCGAUGCUUCUGACCCUUUGCCUCCAUGUUGGGCCUCAUCAAGAACAAUUGUUGCAGGAUGGGUAUGCUGUGGAACAGUGGCUUCAGAUUGCUGAUUUACGUAGUUGAGCUGGCAGCCAUGAUGGUUAUCCCUCAUACUGUUGCAUAUGUGAUAAUUGAAGGGAUGGAGUACUUGAGGUUUGAACAGGAAGAACAGAAGCAUCUGCUUUGCUUCAUGCGACAGUUUGGAACCUUAAAUACAUUUAUAUAUACACACACACAUUGCUCCAUCCACUCCAAGUUGCGUAUCUCCGUCUCAUCUAUGGCAGCAUUGCCAGGGGCCUCAACGCUGAAGCUGUACUAUGGGAAGCCCAUGCUACCAGAUGUGUCCAGGGUGCUUGCGUGCCUCUACGAGAAGGACGUCAAGUUCGAGCUCAUCGACAUGUAUGAAGGCCAGCACAUGCCUUAUGAAUUCCUCAGCCUUCAGGCCUUUACAAGAGCACCUGUCACUGUGGUGGAAGAUGGAAGCACUUUCACAUUAGAAUCCAGAGCAUUAUGCCGCUACAUCUCUGCGAAGUAUGCUGACCGCGGGAACAGUUAUCUCCUGGGAAGAGACAUCCUUGAGAGAGCCUCCAUCGAGCAAUGGCUGAAGCUGGAGGAACACAACUUCCAUCCUCCAAGCUGGGAACUCGUCUUCCACCUUGCAUUUGCUACGCCCAUGGUGGAUCCCGACCCGGAUCUGAUCACCAGGAGCGAGCGGCGGCUGGCGAGCGUUCUCGAUGUGUACGACCAACGGCUGAGCGAGAACGAGUUCCUGGCCGGCGACAAGUUCACUCUCGCUGACCUCUCCCACCUCCCCAACUCACACUACCUCGCCACUUCCCGACAGUGGCGCCAUCUAUUCGAUGUGAGGAAGAACGUGCGAAGGUGGUGGGAGUCGAUCUCAAAGCGGCGUUCGUGGACCAACGUGGUUGAGAUACUGACCGAGGUUGAAGUCUUGAAGGAGCAGAUCGCCGCCGGAGAAGAAAACACCACCACUCUUCACCUUCUGCCUUUCACGUCUCAUCGAACGUCACCUUCGACGACUGGCUACGUUCUACCAGCUCAAGUAACUCAGUCGAUCGAAGUGGUUCCUUAUUCGCCACCUCAGUCCCAACCAGAAUCUACUCCAUCUCCCCCUCAGACAACACCACAAGGUUCAGUUGGUGGAACGACUCCAACACCAGCAGAUGCUUCCCAGUCUUCACAACAAACUUGGAAGACUUCCAAAGAAGAUGCGAGUUCUUCUUCUUACACGGUCUCGACGCCAGCUCAAACUAAAGAAUCAAAUCUUUCCGGUAUUAAGAGCCCUCAACCUAGUCAGGAGAUCACAUCAUCAGCAAGUGCUCCAUUAGCUACGUCUACUACAGAGACUUCGAAGGGAUCUGCUCCUUCUGUGUCCGACAGUGGAAGAUCAACGCCAGUGGAUGAUUCAAUGCCUCGGCAGCAAUCGUCUCCUACCACUUCUGAAGCUUCCAACUUGAGGACUGCUGAAGGAGUUGCUCCUUCGAUGUCCGGUGGACCAACUCCAACAGCAGCGGAUGCUUCCCAGACUUCAAUGAGACCAACCCCUCUAACCCAAAACACAACUCCUGUAAAGCCUUCAUCACAACCAAAUCAAGUAGAAUCGGUGACUACAUAUGUGGAUACUCCAUUAGCUACAUCUCCUACCCAACCUUCUAUCGGACAAACUAUAGAAAUUUCAAAAGGACCAACUCCUUUAACCCAAACAACAACUCCAACAUCAGCAGAUAAGCCUUUAUCACAGCCAAACCAGGUUGAUGCAAUAACUACAUCUCCUGCUCAGGCUUCUAUUGGACAAGCUUCAGAAGUUUCAAAAGGAUCAACCCCUUUGUCCCAAAGCACAACUCCAACACCAAUAGAGACUACAAAGCCUUCAUCACAACCAAAUCAAGUUGAAGAAGUAACAACAUCUCCUACUCAGGCUUCUAUUGGACAAGCUUCAGAGGUUUCAAAAGGAUCAACCCCUUUAUCCCAAAACGCAACUCCAACACCAGUAGAGACUUCAAAGCCUUCAUCGCAACCAAAUCAGGUUGAAGCAGUAACUACAUCUCCUACUCAGGCUUUUAUUGGACAAGCUUCAGAAGUUUCAAAAGGAUCAACCCCUUUGUCCCAAAGCACAACUCCAACACUAGUAGAGACUUCGAAGCCUUCAUCACAACCAAAUCAAGUUGAAGCAUUAACUACAUCUCCUACCCAAGCUUCUAUUGGACAAGCUUCAGAAGUUUCAAAAGGAUCAACCCCUUUAUCCCAAAGCGCAACUCCAACACCAGUAGAGACUUCAAAGCCUUCAUCGCAACCAAAUCAGGUUGAAGCAGUAACUACAUCUCCUACUCAGGCUUUUAUUGGACAAGCUUCAGAAGUUUCAAAAGGAUCAACCCCUUUGUCCCAAAGCACAACUCCAACACUAGUAGAGACUUCGAAGCCUUCAUCACAACCAAAUCAAGUUGAAGCAUUAACUACAUCUCCUACCCAAGCUUCUAUUGGACAAGCUUCAGAAGUUUCAAAAGGAUCAACCCCUACAUCUCCUACCCAGGCUUCUAUUGGACAAACUUCAGAAGUUACAAAAGGAUCAACCCCUCUAUCCCAAAGCGCAACUCCAACACCAGCAGAGACUUCAAAGCCUUCAUCGCAACCAAAUCAGGUUGAAGCAGUAACUACAUCUCCUACCGAGGCUUCUAUUGGACAAGCUUCAGAAGUUUCAAAAGGAUCAACCCCUCUAUCCCAAAGCGCAACUCCAACACCAGCAGAGACUUCAAAGCCUUCAUCGCAACCAAAUCAAGUUGAAGCAAUAACUACAUCUCCUACCCAGGCUUCUAUUGGACAAGCUUCAGAAGUUUCAAAAGGAUCAACCCCUCUAUACCAAAGCACAACUCCAACACUAGUAGAGACUUCAAAGCCUUCAUCGCAACCAAAUCAGGUUGAAGCAGUAACUACAUCUCCUACCCAGGCUUCUAUUGGACAAGCUUCAGAAGUUUCAAAAGGAUCAACCCCUACAUCUCCUACCCAGGCUUCUAUUGGACAAGCUUCAGAAAUUUCAAAAGGAUCAACCCCUCCAUCCCAAAGCACAACUCCAACACAAGUAGAGACUUCAAAGCCUUCAUCACAACCAAAUCAGGUUGAAGCAGUAACUACAUCUCCUACCCAGGCUUCUAUUGGACAAGCUUCAGAAGUUUCAAAAGGAUCAACCCCGACAUCUCCUACCCAGGCUUCUAUUGGACAAGCUUCAGAAAUUUCAAAAGGAUCAACCCCUCUAUCCCAAAGAACAACUCCAACACUAGCAGAGACUUCAAAGCCUUCAUCGCAACCAAAUCAGGUUGAAGCAGUAACUACAUCUCCUACCCAGGCUUCUAUUGGACAAGCUUCAGAAGUUUCAAAAGGAUCAACCCCUACAUCUCCUACCCAGGCUUCUAUUGGACAAACUUCAGAAGUUUCAAAAGGAUCAACCCCUCUAUCCCAAAGCGCAACUCCAACACCAGCAGAGACUUCAAAGCCGUCAUCACAACCAACUCAGGUUGAAGCAGUAACUACAUCUCCUACCCAUGCUUCUAUUGGACAAGCUUCAGAAGUUUCAAAAGGAUCAUCAACCCCUAUAUCCCAAAGCGCAACUCCAACACCAGCAGAGACUUCAAAGCCUUCAUCGCAACCAAAUCAGGUUGAAGCAGUAACUACAUCUCCUACCCAGGCUUCUAUUGGACAAGCUUCGGAAGUUUCAAAAGUAUCAACCCCUACAUCUCCUACCCAGGCUUCUAUUGGACAAACUUCAGAAGUUUCAAUAGGAUCAACCCCUCUAUCCCAAAGCACAACUUCAACACCAGCAGAGACUUCAAAGCCUUCAUCGCAACCAAAUCAGGUUGAAGCAGUAACUACAUCUCCUACCGAGGCUUCUAUUGGACAAGCUUCAGAAGUUUCAAAAGGAUCAACCCCUCUAUCCCAAAGCACAACUCCAACACCAGCAGAGACUUCAAAGCCUUCAUCGCAACCAAAUCAAGUUGAAGCAGUAACUACAUCUCCUACCCAGGCUUCUAUUGGACAAGCUUCAGAAGUUUCAAAAGGAUCAACCCCUCUAUCCCAAAGCACGAGUCCAACACCAGCAGAUACUUCGAAGCCUUCAUCACAAUCCAAUCAGGUUGAAGCAAUAACAACAUCUCCUACCCAGGCUUCUAUUGGACAAACUUCAGAAAUUUCAAAAGGAUCAACCCCUCUAUCCCAAAGAACAACUCCAACACCAGCAUAUACUUCAAAGCCUUCAUCACAACCAAAUCAGGUUGAAGCAAUAACUGCAUCUCCUACCCAGGCUUCUAUUGGACAAACCUCAGAAGUUCUAAAAGGAUCAACCCCUUUGUCCCGAAGCACAACUCCAACACCAGCAGAUACUUCAAAGCCUUCAUCGCAACCAAAUCAGGUUGAAGCAGUAACUACGUCUCCUACCCAAGCUUCUACUGGACAAGUUUCAGAAAUUUUGAAAGGAUCAAUUCCUUUAUCCCAAAGCACAACUCAAAUACCAACAGAUGCUUCAAAGCCUUCAUCGCAACCAAAUCAGGUUGAAGCAGUAACUAUAUCUCCUACCCAGCCUUCUCUUGGACAAACUUCAAAAGGAUCAACCCCCCUAUCCCAAAGCACAACUCAAAUACCAACAGAUACUUCAAAGCCUUCAUCGCAACCAAAUCAGGUUGAAGCAGUAAUUGCAUCUCCUACCCAGGCUUCUAUUGGACAAACUUCAGAAAUUUUAAAAGGAUCAACCCCUUUCUCCCGAAGCACAACUCCAACACCAGCAGAUACUUCAAAGUCUUCAUCGCAACCAAAUCAGGUUGAAGCAAUAACUACAUCUCCUACCCAGGCUUCUAUUGGACAAACUAUAGAAAUUUCAAAAGGAUCAACCCCUCUAUCCCAAAGCACAACUACAACACCAACAGAUACUUCAAAGCCUUCAUCGCAACCAAAUCAGGUUGAAGCAAUAACUACAUCUCCUUCCCAGGCUUCUAUUGGACGAGCUCCACCUAAAGAAGAAUCCAAUAAAGGACUGACGUCAAAAGGAUCAACCCCUCUAUCCCAAAGCACAACUACAACACCAACAGAUACUUCAAAGCCUUCAUCGCAACCAAAUCAGGUUGAAGCAAUAACUACAUCUCCUUCCCAGGCUUCUAUUGGACGAGCUCCACCUAAAGAAGAAUCCAAUAAAGGACUGACGUCUACUAGGAAGACUUCCAACGAAUCUGCUUCUCCAUCCAGCAGAACUACACCAUCUGCAGAUGUUUCUUCUAACCCUACAACACAGCCACCUACCCUCAAUCUUGCCACCAAUCAAGCAACUCAAACUAAUACAGAUGUACCCACUUCAGGGAUUUCCAAAGCACCAGCUUCUCCUGAUGCUUCCAUGCCUUGGCCACAGCUACCGCCAGCCAAUCAAGCAACAGGAACCACUGUUGAUGACAAGUCUACUACUCAAGAAGAAAAAGCUAGUAGCAACACACCAAGCACCCAACCAAAACCGGCUACAUCAACAGGUGCUCAACAAUCUACUCCUGACAAGGCCCAGCAAGAUCCUCAAAUAGUCGCAACAGAGGCAUUUCGACAAGCAGAUAGUCCUCAAACAGUUUCUUCUACCCCAUCGAAAGGUGAACAAGCUUCAACUCGAACACCUCAACAAGAACAGCAUGACUCAUCAACUAGUCAACAAGUACCUAAAAAUACUCAGUCAGCGCAACAAGAAGACACAAAAGACCAGCCAAUAAUUAGUCAACCAGAAUCAAACACUCCUACUGUUUCUGGAUCAAUUGAUUCUACAAAACCACAAACAGAUUCUACCAGUGGAUCAGAAAAGAAGUCAAGUUCUACUCAGUAGAUGCUAAUGAUUCCAAGUCCACAAGCAUGUGCUGUUAAAUAAAUCCAAGAACACCUACAGUUUAUUAUUAUCAUAAGCUCUGUAUCAUUAGUUUUUAUACUGUAGAUUUCAGCAGCUUCUCUCGAUUAGAGAUCUACCAUGUAUUGAGUACCAAUCUAUUGAACAAAGCAUAAUGCUUAGGGUGUUAAAUCCUUGAGGAACACCAUAAA